AAUAAAAACUCUCUUCAAGCUCGCUCUCUGUCUCUCUCUUUCCUUUUUCUCUUUCAAACUCAAAGCCAUCCUGUAACUAGUAAACACACAGUUAACUACACAAUAUGUAUAUGUAGAUGUGUGUGCGUGUGUAUAUAUAUAACCCCCAUUAACAUAUAUAGAUUAGAAAGAACCCACCAUUAAGCUUUUAUAAAUAAGCACACAUUAGCCUUGGUGUUAUUGGGUUCUUGAAAAAUCUUGGAAAAUAGGAGGCCUAGGAAGGGAGACAAAUGCGUCAGAGGUGAAAGAAACUCGAUCACACCAUUGGGAUACAGAGAGAGAAAAAAAGAAAGAGAAAGAAAAAGUCAUUGAGAUUUGCGCUGAUAAGAGAGCAAGAGAAGAUCUUGAGCAGAUCAGGGUGAUUUAAAGCAAAGGCGGCGAGAAUUUAUUGACAUGAGAACUGAGAAAACAUUUUCUUUAUUAUUAUUUUUACUUUCUUUUUCUCUCUAACGCCACGUCUUCUCUUCUUUUAUCACCUCACUAUCUCUCUGUUUCUUUGUUUAUGACGCCAUUUUACUGCCCCAUGUAAUUAUUAUCAUUUGUUAUCUCUACUAUUAUUUCUACUCUAAAAUUUUAAAUCUUUACUUGAAUUUUUCCUCUUUGGCCACUCUUUCUCUACCUGUGUUUUGGUUAAGGGUUCCCAUCAUUCUUUUCUGGUUCCCUAGCUGUAAGAGUGUAAUCAGAAUUAUUAUUAUUAUUGUUAUUAAGGGGAUUGAAAUCAAUGGGGACAGCUCGAGGUUCGAGGUUUUUAUUGUAGUAAAGGCAGAGAGAGAGGUUGGUUGUGCUUGUCUCAGUCCAAUGUAUAUUAUGGUCUGCUGCUGGUGGUAGUUUGUUUCAUUCCAGAGAGACAGAUAUACAAAAUUAUCCUCUUCUUCUUCUUAUUCUGAAGAACCCGCCAUUUCUGGUCUGGGAUUUUAGUCCUAAACUGAAAAGUCUCAAUCUUGGUAGAGAAAUUGGUGUUCUUUCUUGUGGUUAUGGGCAGUUUCAGAUAUUACUAUUACCCAGGCCUGGUGGCUCGUGUACUACUUAUGUGAAGGUUGUUCUCCUCUGUCUCUGUUUGUGUUUUUUCUUUCGGCUAUCUGUAAGGGGUAAUUUCGGGACGCAACAUGAAGUUUAUGAAAUUGGGUUCCAAGCCUGAUGUCUUUCAAGCUGAAGGCAAAUCCAUCAGGUAUGUUUCAUCCGAGCUGGCUACAGAUGUCACCAUAAAUGUUGGUGAAGUUAAGUUUUACCUCCACAAGUUCCCUCUUUUGUCGAAGUGUAAUCGCUUGCAUAAGCUAGUGUCAAAAGCCAGUGAGGAGAAUCCCGAUGAGAUUAAUAUGGUUGAUUUUCCUGGUGGACCAAAGGCCUUUGAGAUUUGUGCAAAGUUCUGCUAUGGAAUGACUGUUACCCUCAAUGCUUACAGUGUUGUAGCUGCUCGUUGUGCAGCUGAGUACCUUGAGAUGACUGAGGAUGUUGAUAAAGGGAACCUUAUUUUCAAAAUCGAGGUAUUUCUCAACUCCAGUAUCUUCCGAAGCUGGAAGGAUUCAAUUAUUGUUCUUCAAACCACUAAAUCUCUCCUGCCCUGGUCUGAAGAUCUGAAGAUUGUAGGAAGGUGCAUAGACUCUAUUGCAUCUAAAACCUCUGUCGAUCCUGCAAAUAUUACUUGGUCAUACACAUAUAACAGAAAGUUGUCAGUGCCUGAUAAAAUAGUUGAGGAUGGAAUGAAGUUUCAUGAGAAAAUUGAAUCUGUUCCAAAGGAUUGGUGGGUUGAAGAUAUCUGUGAACUGGAUAUUGAACUCUACAAGCGAGUUAUUAUUGCUGUCAGAUCAAAGGGAAGAAUGGAUGGUGCAGUUAUUGGGGAGGCUUUGAAAACUUACGCAGUCAGAUGGUUGCCAGACACAUUUGAUGAUUUGGUUUCUGAUGGUCGUACAUGGAGGUACAAGUAUCUGGUAGAAACACUGGUUUGUUUAUUACCCUCUGGCAAGGGUGUGGGUUGUCCAUGUGGUUUCUUGUUGAAAUUGUUGAAAGUUGCCAUUUUUGUUGGAGCGGAUGAUUCACCAAGGGAGGAUUUGGUAAAGAGGAUCAGUUUGAAGUUGCAUGAGGCUUCUGUCAAGGAUUUACUGAUACCAGCACGAUCGCCACAAACCACAUUGUAUGAUGUGGAAUUGGUACAGUGCCUUCUGAAUCGUUAUAUGACACAUGAAAAGUACAGUCAAGAUUUGACUGUUGAAAAGAAUGACGAGACUGAUGAUUUUGUCUUGCGGCAUGGACAUGGAAACAUGUUGAGCGUUGGAAAGUUAAUUGAUGGAUAUCUUUCAGAAAUUGCAUGCGACACAAGUCUCACCCUUGCCAAUUUCAUUGACUUAGCCCAGUUGAUUCCCGAGUCUGCUAGACCAACUCACGAUGGACUGUACAAAGCGAUUGAUGCCUACCUGAAGGAGCAUCCCAAUUUGACAAAGGCUGAAAGGAAGAAAAUAAGUGGGCUGAUGGAUGUCAAAAAACUAACAAUGGAUGCAUCCAUGCAUGCUGCGCAGAAUGAGCGACUGCCACUCCGUGUUGUAGUCCAAGUUCUCUUUUUUGAGCAGGUUAGAGCAAGUGCUGGUGUUCAAGCUCUCCACAGCAAUCCCCGCUAUGCUUCAAAUUCCAUGACGAACACUGAUGAAGAAUGUGAGAAGACGGCAGCGGAAGACAACAAGUCCAUGAAGAAACAGGUGAGUCAACUGAAGGUAAAAGAUGAAGAACUCCAUAAAAAUGAACAACUAACAAAGAAAAACAGCAAGAACAGCAAAAGCGGCAUCCAAUUGCUGCCAUCUCGGUCGAGGAGGAUAUUUGACAAGUUGUGGGUUGUAGGAGGCAAAGGGAAUGUAGAAAAUAGAAGUUCAGAGACAUCAGGAAGUUCACAAAGCCCAACUUCAAUUGUUCCAGGAGACACCAAAUCCUCAGGCUCAUCUUCAAGACACAGGAGACACUCCAUCUCCUAAGAAAUGAAAUCAAGUAGUCAUCAGAAAUAGACUAAUAUCUGCUCAAAUGUAAAAAAAAAAAAAAAUAUGGCAGGAUUUUGUUGUAGUAUAGUAGUUGAUCAUCGUAGUCAUGGGUUUAUUUUCUGUUUUUAUCUUAUCCAAGAAAAAAUGUAAUCAUUUUUUUUUCUCUCUCUUUUUCGGGGGUGGCUUUUGAGUUCCUAACAUGUUAGUUCCCGCUUUCAGGAUUAUGCAUGCAUGUUCAUAUAUUAAUGAAAUGGAAGUAAGUUCACCUACAUUAUUAAAGGAA